AUGGCUUCCUACACCCUCGAGAAAGUCAUGAUUCCUCGUUCCAGCUUCUUCCUCUGGUGGUACCUCUGUUCUCUUUCGUUCCCUCAAGAUGCAUACUGCAACCCUCCUCCAAGUUCUCUUACAGCAUCGAACACCGGAUCUCCCAUUCGAACGAUAUACCAAUGGCCGAACAAUACCGCAGUGGAGAAUCUGGCCAUUCGCUCCAACGGAAUGAUCCUCGCCACGAUCCUCAACUCGCCCGAGGUAUGGCAGGUUGAUCCCGUCCGCGAGACUGCCACGCUCUUGUACAGGUUUCCGGCCGCAGCAUCGGCACUAGGCAUUGCUGAAGUUGAGCACGAUGCGUUCGCUGUGGCUGUGGGGAACUUUACCCUCUCUGACCUGAGCGAGGGCCUUGGCAGUUGGGCAAUAUGGACGGUCGAUUUCAAUGGGAGAAGGGGAAAUGAUCAUGUUUCUUGGUCAGCUUGGGGUAGAUGGCGGAACAAGCGCAAUGACAGAGGACGGAGACCUUCAUCGCAACCUCACAUCCAAAGAGUCGCCCCCAUCCCAAGCGUCUUCUCCAUCAACGGCGUCACCAGCAUCACAAACUCCAGCCUCAUCCUCCUAGCCGUCACCGACGCAUCGAACGCCCGAGUCGGCUCCUUCGACAUCGCCACCGGGACAUAUUCCACCGCCAUCUCCAGCGCCUCCUUCCCAAACCAAGGCGGCGCAGACAUCAACGGUCUAGCCACGUCCUACGAAAACAACCAACUGACUCUAUACGCCACCUUCAACGGCGGUGAGCCCGUAUUCGGCAGAAUUCCCAUCCACAAGAACGGCACCGCAGCGGCGGCCUUCGAAGUCCUUUUGGACAAACCCGCCUGGCCGACCAACGCUGACGCUCCUCAAGGCGCCGACGGUAUCACCCUCGGCAGAUCAGGCACUGUCUGGCUUGCCACAAAUUCGGGCAAUCAAGUCGUUCGAGCGAGCACGGUGGACAGUCCAAGCGAUGCAGUCGUGUUGGCAGGAGGUCCUAACGAUACGCUUAUUGCUGGGCCUACUGCGCUUCAGUUCGGAAGGACUAGAUGGGAUGAGGACGUGUUGUAUCUUAGUCUGACGGGUGGCUUUGCGUAUCCAGGCGCGACUGGUGUAGUGGGAGGGCGAGUUGUUGCGUUGGAUACUUCGCGUUUAGAACAACCCUUCGAAGAUCAAUGGAUAGAUGGAACUUGA